ACAGAAGUAAAGUAAGGUCCAUACAAUAGCGUCGCCAGGUCACACAUCCACUUGCUGGUUAUCUCAUGGAGUUUAAUUGUCUCAAGGCUUGAAAAGUGUCUGAUGAUUUCGGCCCAAAAGUAAACAAUACGCCAUGUACAACGCAGAUCGGCGCCAGUCAUGGGAUACGGAGCGAACUAAUCGUGACGUCAUCCAGAUGUUACAGUAUGGAGAUAUCAUACGUUUUACCGGGCCCUACGUCACCCACUGGGCUGUUUACGUCGGAAAUAGUGUAGUGGUACAUGUUGGACGCUUUGAUGAGAAAUCUGAACUCGGGGAGAUAAUGAAAGAAACAAUCACAAAUGUAGUUGGAGACUACCAGAUGGAAAUAUGUAAUGACUGGGAUGGAAUUCACCGAGCAAGUCCAAAAGAGGACAUCGUGAAAAGGGCUCUAGAAAAUCUUGGUCCCACAAUGGACGAUGCUCAACAGUUCGUCAUGUUUUGUCGCUAUGGUAUACAAAGUACUCACCAGAGGCCGCUGACUCACUCAGAAAUGUGGUAUAUAAAGGCAUUAGGAGAUAAAAACAAACAGGUCUUCUUCCAGUUGAAACCUGGAGAUCUCAUAAAAAUAAAACGUUCGAUGUUUUAUCAUUGGGCCGUUUAUAUAGGUGGUGGCGAUGUAAUACACGUUGAUGGUGAAGACGCAACUGGACGCAGCGGUGGUAGCGGAACAAUUUCUGGACUUUGGAGCGGAUACAAGAACAGUCGAGUAAAAAAAGAGAAAAUCUGGGAUGUUGUCCGAAAGGAUACAAUGGAACUGGAUAAUGGAAUGGAUAAAGAUUCUUCUAAACCAUUGGAUGGUGCUGAAGUAGUCAGACGUGCAGUAAGGAAGCUCGGCCCAAUCCAGUACCAUCCGGCCUUAAAGAACUGCGAACAUUUCGCUAAAUGGUGCCGCUAUGAUGCAGAGAAUUGUUCACAGAGUAAACCAUAUAUGGUUGUUGGUGCCGCCUUAGGUGGGAUGUUGCUGGGAGGGCCUAUGUUUGGCCUACUGAGCGGGUUGUCCGUGGCUGCUAAGAUGGCUUACAAUAACAACCAAGAGAAAAAACGCUCGUUUGAUAACUAAAUCAAAAUUUUUCUCUGGGUAGAAAAUGCAUUUCAAUUUUGUAAACGCCUUAAAGAGAGGUGCCACCAUAAAGCUACCAGUAUUUUAGUAUUUUACCAGAAAAUGGUUUUCAUCUCAUCUUUUAGAAAUGUUUCUUUACAUAGCAUGAAAUAAGUUUGUUGCAUAUAAGAAUGUUGAACGCCUGUUUACUACAGGCUUACGCAGAAGGGGGGGGGUCUUUUCAGGGAUGAAUUCAAAUAAAAUUGAUCACAAGUUCCAGCUACGAGAUCAAAUCUUGACAGGAACUACCAAAUGUGGUUACAACAGUCAGCACUGUGACAUAAAAUCUUUUCACAUUCAGUGAUAUUAAAAUUUGUUUGACAUGGAUUACAAAGUUAGUUUUGUUGUAUUUGUAUCAUUUGUGUGACAUGGAUUACAAAGUUAGUUUUAUUGUAUUUGUAUCAUUUGUUUGACAUGAAUUACAAAGUUUUGUUGUAUUUGUAUCAUUUGUUUGACAUGGAUUACAAAGUUAGUUUUGUUGUAUUUGUAUCAUUUGUUUGACAUGAAUUACAAAGUUUUGUUGUAUUUGUAUCAUUUGUUUGACAUGGAUUACAAAGUUAGUUUUGUUGUAUUUGUAUCGUUUGUUUGACAUGGAUUACAAAGCAUGUUUUGUUGUAUUCAUAUCAUUACAUUUUUACAUUGUAUCGAAGCAUGGCUAUACAGCUAGUAUUUAUUUAUAUACCUCAAGAAACUACCUGUUUGUACAGUUACCUUGUUAGAAUGUCAAUAAGCUCACAUCACAAAGCAACUUCCCAUUGAAAUUUAUUUGAAAUGCCGUUAACCUAUUCCACCUGCAAGCUACCACAUCGUUUUUUGUUAUUAUGUGGUUUUUAAAUAAGAGAAAUGUAUGGAUAAAUGACAAAUAUUGUAUAAAAAUAUAAUAAAAACAAAUGUAAAGAAAUAAUCAGAGUUUAUGAGAGUAUUUACCUAGGAAAUCAGCGUACUUACAGUAUAUGAUAAACUAGGUGUAGGGUGAAGGAGAUAGGCAGAGGCGCUUCAAUUACUUAACCACGGUCCAUCAAAUGUUUCUUUCUUUUUUUUUCAUGUUCAUGCCCAAGACACAUGGAGCAGAUGAAGUAGAGUUCAUCUGUUUCAGAUCAAACAGAAGGGAUAGUGUGGUCGCACUAUGCCUAGCCACUUUUGUUUUCCCUAACGUGAGUUAGGUACCCAUCAGAGCUGGGUGAACUCAGGGACGUUCUACUAACUUGGACCAGGAUUCUAACUCGAGACUAACAGGUUAGCAGUCAAGCUCUCUACAACUAGGCCACGCCAUCCCAUACAGUUAAUCACGCAGCCACGUUUUAACUACACCAUAGCCAAAUGCCAAGCUAUGCUAGGUGCCUUUAUGUGGCAACUACACCAUAGCCAAAUGCCAAGCUAUGCUAGGUGCCUGCAUGUAUCAACUACACCAUAGCCAAGCUAUGCUAGGUGCCUUUAUGUGGCAACUACACCAUAGCCAAAUGCCAAGCUAUGCUAAGUGCCUGCAUGUAGCCACAUAUAAAUAUCGCUAGCAACAUAUGUUGCUAGUUAAGUUGCUGUUUUAAAUUAAUUAGCAUUUAGAGAAAAAAAUGAAUAAAAAUAAGUCACAAG